GCAAGUUUGAUGAUGGCGAGUGUACAGACAGAUGACAUUUUAGACUCUUGUCAUCAGACCAGAGGGAGACAGAAGAAGAAACAGUCUCGGGAUGAACGCACAGAAAAAUCCGAUAAACCAACUGAAACAGCGCCAACUGUUUCAAUAGCUUUGGCUAAAGCCAAGGCAGAGACUGACACCUUGAGGGUGAAAUGUCAGUAUCUGCAGGAGAAAAUAGAAGAUUUGACAAAAGAACGAGAUUUCCUUAGACAACAAUUGUCAGAAGCCAUCAAAGUGGACAACAUGCCUGACAAAAAUAAGGAUAAGCCUGUAGACAUUGCCAAAAGAAUGAAAAUCUCUCAAGAGUAUUCAGGAAGUGACCCUUCUGGUUCUGACUCUUCUGACUCUUCUGACUCUGAGUCAUCUAGUUCAGACUCUUCAAGGGAGGAGAAGAAGAAAAGAAAGAAGAAGGCAAAGAAAGUAAAGAAAAGAGUAAAAAAACAGAAGAAAAACAAGCAGAUGAGUAAAUUCUGUCAAAGGUUUACCGAACCAUGGCAGGUGGUAAAGCGGUACAAAUCAGUGUUGGAGAUUUUCAAAAGAGGAAGCAACAUGGCUGAGGCUUUCAGAAAAUACGGUGUGGACCGGAACACGAUCGUGCAGAGUGCAGCUAUUGCUGAACUGGCAAUUGCUGCACCAGAAAUAUAUGAGGAAAUUAAUGAAAAACAUGGAAAGGGAGAGAAAUUAUCAAGCAUUGUGCAGAAAUGUCAAGACGCAAUUGUGACAGACGAAAAAAUUGCGGACAAAAUACAAACAAUGAAAACCGAUGGGAAGUUGCUUCCAAUAAAAAAAUAGUUCAUUUCCAUGUAAAAAAAACAAACAAAAAAAAAGUCAAAGAAGGACUUUAAAAUACUAAGAUAAAAAAAUCCAAAUACAUUCUUCCCCAUGUUUGAUUUCAGGAAUGUAUUUUUCCUUUGUUUAAGCCUGAAUUGAUAGUGCUGCACAUGGUAUGUUUCUGUGUAGAAACAAGUUUUUGUUCUUAAAAAAUGUAUUUUUAUUUUCAUUUUUUUUGUGCUGGCAAAGAUUGCCUAUGUUUACAAGUUAUGUUAGUAAUAAAGGUUCUGAAAAAGUAAGCGAUGAAAGGCUUUCACUCAUUUAAGGUUCCGUGAAAUCAAUAAGGUUCACAAAUUCAUUAAUAAAUGCUUUGUUAAUGGUAAGUCAUGUUAAUAAAGGAUCUACAAAUGUUAGUAACUCAUCAGUUAAUG